UCCUUCAGGCUUUGUUGAGGCUGGGAAGCCAUUUUGGGAUUCUGCAGUGUGGAAUACAGUGGGGAUAAUGUGCUGUCAACUCUGAAACUUCUCUGGCAUUUACUGGGCGGAGGAUUCCUCCGAUCUGGAAAGCCAUGCUGGACUGAAGCAUGAUCCCUCAUGAGGGAUGAAGGAUGCGGCAGGGUGCAAAAAAAUAUCCAGGUUUGAAGUAUGAUUUGAAACGGUGACUAUGGAUUUUUCACGCCUUCACACGUAUUCCCCUCCCCAGUGUGUGCCAGAGAACACUGGCUAUACUUAUGCACUCAGUUCAAGUUACUCCACAACUGCUCUGGAUUUUGAGGCAGAACACAAAUUGGACCCAGUGUUUGACUCUCCAAGAAUGUCAAGACGCAGCUUGCGCUCAUCUGCUACACCAUACAGCACAAGCAAGGACACCGCAAAGGAAAACAUCUAUGUCACUGGAAACAGCAGCAGCUCCUAUGCUGGGAAUAAGGCUUUUGUAGACCAGUCACCCAGAACUACAAAACAACAUAAAAGUGUGGCAAAACAAUCUGGAUCUAUAAGAUACACCUCAAGAACAAAUGUGCCCAGCUCUUCCAUUUUCAGCCACAGUAGUUUCAGUAGCCAAACAACUGAUGGGUCCCUUAUGUCAAACAUAUUGGAUGAGUCUUCAAUACAGGAGCAGACAGCUGUUGAUCAUUUUUGGGGUCUCGAUGACGAUGGUGAUCCCAAAGCAGGUGGAGGUACUACGGUGAUUCAGGCCAACGGUGACAUAGUGACGACUGAGAACCAGGCUUCACUGAGGAAUGGCUAUACCUGCAAUGACUGCAGUAUGCUUUCUGAGCGGAAGGAGGUCCUCACCGCAUACUCAACUCCGCACAUGCCACCCUCAAGAAUUUACUCCAGGGAUCGAAACCAAAAACACAAGUUCAGGGGCCUCACUUUCUACACAAGUAAGAUUCUGCAAGUGGCCAAGUAUACCACAACAUCUUUCACAUCACUCAUAGUGCAGCUCUUUCAAAUGAUCUUGCUGAAGCUGGGCUAUGAUUGUAAAGCACACUCUAGUUACUGUGGGAGCAUGAAUGUAAAAGAAUUUCUCAGGGAAGAUGGCCACCUGGGGAUAAAUGGAGAAUCCUUGUGUGAUGACUGUAAGGGGAAGAAACACCUUGAAACACACACAACAGGCCACAUGCAAUCAUCACGGUCUAAAAGGGUAGCAAGGACCAUUUGGCACAUCUUUUCUUAUGCAGGUUUCUUCUUGCUACAUAUGUUGCAAAGAAUGGGAACAGCAGGAUGGUUUGUGUCCAGGAAGGUUUUUUCACUCCUUUGGCUGGCUGUUGUGUCUCCAGGGAAGGCAGCUGCAGGAGCAUUCUGGUGGCUUGGGACUGGAUGGUAUCAACUUGUUACCCUGAUUUCUUUGCUGAAUGUGUUUAUUCUUACAAGAUGCCUUCCAAAGAUAUUCAGGUUAUUGUUGUAUCUUCUCCCACUAUUGCUGUUGCUAGGCUUGUGGCACUGGGGUGCUGAAAGUUUCCUUUCAUUAUUGCCAGCUUUGAAUUGGACAAGUUUAUAUAGAACAUACAGAUGGGAAGACUCUGCAACAGUCGUUGAACCUCAUCCAGAUUCAUCGUAUGCUGUUGAGCACUCAGAUGCAACUAUGAAGUUCUUUGAUGCAAGUCGUGUGCUUGAGCUGGAAAAGCAGAUGGCCUUAAUGUCUGAGAGAUGGCAUCACCAGGAUGAAGAAUAUAGUAAAAUGCUGCUACUGCUACAGAACUUUCAAGCCCACAUUUCCCAGAUGAAUGACAAGAGUGAAAUGUUGAUACUGAUAAAAAGCGUAGUGGGCCAGCACCUUAAAGAGAUGAAACCUGAUCAAACAGUGAAUGACUUCUUGGCCUUGCAUCAAGAACAUGAAUGGCGCAUUGGGGCUUUAGAAGAUCUCCUUGCAAAACUCUCUGAAAAGUCUGAGGGUAUCCAAAAGAAAAUGGAGCUAACCAAAUCAGAAACAGUGAGUGAUAUGGAUAAACAAAACCAACAUCUCUUAUCCAAGAUUAAACAUUUAGAGCUUGAGUUGGCUCAUGUGAAAUCAGAGCUGCUAAGUUCACAGGAUUUGAAAACAAGUUGUGCCUCAGUGGAUAUGCUUCAGGAAAAGGUGGAUGCCCAGGUUAAAGAAUCCGUCAAGUCCUUGUUUUUUGGUAACCAACAAGGAGACUUGCCAGACUCUCUGUUUCAGUGGCUAACAUCCAAAUUUGUGAGCAAGAGUGAUUUGCGAGUUUUGUUACAAGAUUUGGAGUUGCAGAUCCUCAAGAACAUAAGCUUACACAUGUCUGUUUCAAAUGCAAAGUCGACAUCAGAGGUAGUAACAAGUGUUGUGAACGAAGCUGGGAUUGCAGGCAUCACAGAAGCGCAAGCACAUAUUAUUGUCAACAAUGCACUGAAGCUCUUCUCUCAAGAUAAGACUGGCAUGGUAGACUUCGCUUUGGAAUCUGGAGGUGGCAGCAUUUUGAGUACUCGCUGUUCAGAGACAUACGAAACGAAAACAGCAUUAAUGAGUCUCUUUGGAAUUCCUUUGUGGUAUUUCUCUCAGUCUCCUCGCGUAGUGAUCCAGCCUGACAUGUAUCCUGGAAACUGCUGGGCUUUCAAAGGAUCACAGGGAUACCUUGUUGUUCGUCUUUCUAUGAUGAUCUACCCUACUGCUUUCACUCUGGAACACAUACCAAAAACACUUUCACCAACCGGCAAUAUUACGAGUGCUCCAAAGGAUUUUUCAGUAUAUGGUCUUGAAGAUGAGUAUCAAGAAGAAGGUGUGCUUCUAGGGCAAUAUAUGUAUAAUCAAGAUGAAGAGCCAUUACAGAUGUUCCAAGUAACGGCGGCAACUGGAAAAGCAUUCCAAAUAGUGGAACUAAGAAUAUUUUCCAACUGGGGCCAUACAGAGUAUACGUGCCUCUAUCGGUUCAGAGUACAUGGGAGACCUUCUGAAUGAACACUAAACUUUCCUACUUCUUGCUGUAUAUUUUUUUCCUGUUUAUAUGUAUAUAAAGGGAAAGCCUGGAACACUGGAAUCCUUGGAAGCUGAGGAUGUGUCAUGUGCCGCAGGUUCCAUAUUCCUUCUUGGCAAAAUAGAAGACUUGCCAACAGAAUUGUAUACCAAACCCAAUGGUUAUUUUGCUCACCUUGUAACUGCCAGACAGCUUUAUAUUUUUUAAUGUGCUCAUUCUAGGGGGGGAAAUGCAUGCCAACAGCUCUUGUUUGCAAAAACCCAGUUAGCAAACUGAUAAAUAUCUAUUUUAUUACUUCAGAAUAUAAAGCUUUUAAAACUUUUUUUGGCAGCUAGGAACCUGGGGGUUUGUUUUUGUUGUUUUUUUAAAUAUUGAGGCUCACCUUUUCACUUGUAUCUAAUCCAAAAAUGACCACGGAUGUAAUAUGUCACACCAUGUGGCUGUGCAGUUUUCAGUCACUUUAGUGAGAUUUGCUUAAAUUUCCAACACAAGUAGUUUCGAAGUAAUGGAAACUGUUUUGUACCAAUGGUGUGAUACAUGGCAUCCCUGUGGAUACAUUAUGGGCACAGCUUCCCAGUCCUGAAGCCACUUCACAUCCUUUAUACAUUCUUAGCAGGAUCUUACAUCAAUUUGUGUUUUUAAGGGAACUUUCUGACUUCAUUUGUAGCAUGCUUUAUUAAUCUCUUGGAUUUAGCACUUCCUAAAAGGAUUUAUUUGUUAACAAUAUCUCUUUACUGUGGAACAGGAACAGAAUCUAUUCAACCAAAAGACUGGUCAUAAGAUUAGGGAUGAAAUUGUUAAAGAAACAAGCACCAACAGCAUUUCUUUAGUUUUCUAAAACUAUAGUUUUUAAAAAUAUGCUCUUAGUUUGAGCAAGUCGAUGUCACAUAGCUGAUGGAUUUGUUAUAUCGCCUUUUAUAUUAAAGGCAAAUUCGUCCAAGUUUUUCAGUUCAAAGUCAGACAAGUAUGGAUUGAAGAAAGGAAGGGAAAGUUACAUUAAAAGGAAGUGGCUUAGGUGAGACUGAAAUGCUCACAGGUGUAGAUACUAUGUGAUGGGAGAUAAUGAAAACGAAAUGUAGAAGAUGAAGCAGACUUAGAUAAUGCUAGAAAUGCUGACUCUUUGGAUGAGACAACAUGCAAAUGCAAUACGUGCCUCAAGCGUAUUCACAUAUUCUAUCUUGCGCUGUUUGUUUUCUGAAAGCCUUGAUGCAUACUCUGGAAUUGCUGCUACUCUCUGGACUACCAGAGCAAACUUCAUGGAGCUGAAUAUGUGCAAAACUCAGGAGCAUGGGUUUCAUAUCAAUUCUCCAAAAAUGCCAUCUGUAUAUAUAACAAACAUAUGCGCGCACACACAUUAAAAAAACUUGGAUAUUACCUUCAGGAGCGCAGCUGAAAAUUUCCUACAUCUUUUUGUGGAAUAUGGAAUUUCUUGGACACCAAACUCCUGCCGUGCCUCUGCGACUUAACAUCCGUUUUUAAACUUUAAUUUAAAAACACUAUUAAAAACCCUCCUUAGAAAAAAAAAAGAUUCCUUAAAGUGAUGGUAUCCAGAAACUUUCACUAUACGUCCUGCUUUUGGGAAGGAUCAAGUUAAAGUAUUGUUCGCAUUUUGGGAAAGAUAAGGUGGUGCUGACUGGUUUUCUGAACAAAGUUCAUGUAUGUUGCACAAGAGUCGUCAAAUAUUUAUAACAGAGUUUUAUUUCUAGGAGGUCAUAUCUUCACCUAGGUCCAGGUAGAAACAGAACUAAUGUCCUUUUGAUGAUAAGAGCUUGCAAAAAAACCUGUACAGGUGUUUCAUAAACUAAAGGUUAAAUAUAUAAAUCAGAAUUAUCCUGUAUAAACCCAAAUUGGGGGGAAGAUAAAGGGGCGGGGAAUUUUUUGCAUAACACUAACUUAUUUUUAAAGAAACGGAGAUAGGACUUUGUGCAAUGUAUUUUUGUAAAUGCUUUUUUCAGAACAUUUGUCUCUGGUGUCCUCCUUCGCUGCCUCCAAACCGAUAAGAAGCUAUUAAGAAAUGUUUAAGAGUUUUAAUUUUUGAAAGACGCAUGUAAUAUUUGGGACUAAGUAAUAAAAGUUUCUUCUUUUGGUA